AUGUCUUCGUAUUUCGACGAACACGAGUGUCCGCAGCGGUCGGCCGAAGACGAGGUGCAGAAUCUGUACCUAUCGUUGGCGCGAAUGCUUCAGGACAUGGGCUUCGAGUCGGAUGUGAUGUCGGCGCUGAACAGAGAGGCCGACCGAAGACCCCCGGCGUCGGAACAGUUCAUCAAAAACCUGCCGAAAGUGACUCAAUUGACGGCCGGAGAGAAGUGUUGCGUUUGUCUGAAGCCUCACUCCGUGGGCGAAACGGUGUCCGUCGACUGCGGCCACAAGUUUCACGUCCAGUGUAUCACACGAUGGCUUCGGCUCAACAACUCGUGUCCCGUUUGUCGCACAGAGUUUCCCACCGAUGAUGAAGAAUACGAGACAAACAAACGACUGAAGCGCCAAAAGGAGGCCACUCUUCAGGAGCUCCACAACUCGAUGUUCAGCUGA